AUGGUCGAUCUGGUUCUCUGUAACAUGAUUGAUUCUCUUUGCGACGAAAUUAUUCAAGAGUUGAACUCCAGCGAUUUCAAGAGAUGGUAUCCUUUGAACGACUGUGGAUUCCUCUGCCUGCUGUGGUUUCUAUUCAGCUUAGGAUUAAUAGCAUUUUGUCUUUGUCCUUUUCUACUGUACUUAAUCAUAGAAGCUGAGAUAUCUCAAUCACAAAUGGCUGCUGUUUGUUCAACUGCGGUAAUCAUACCAUUUGUCAUGACAUGUUGUAUAUUAUGUUGUUGUAGCUGCAAAUAUACAACAUUUUGGGAAGAAUUAGAUAAGGAGAAUUAUGAACUUUUCUCUAUUGUGUGGAAGCACCUAAAGAAAAACUAUACGGAGCAAAAUAUUCUUCCCCUGCUUUCGACAAAUAAAAAGAUAGUUCUGUUGAAUUACGAUAUAGAUCCAUGCAAGCAAUUCAUUAUAUAUGUACUCAAACGGAAAUCUGACGACAUGGAAUCCAUUAAGGAAAUGGCUGACGACCUUAUUCUUGAAUUCAUACGUAAAAACAGAACGAAGCUGGUCGAUUGGACACUUCUUGAGGAUUUUAAAUACAACAGACACAAUACAUACCUCCAGAAAAAGUGCAUUUGUCAACAUCUAGAACCACACAUUGUGUGAACCAGUGAAUUGUUUACUUUGAAAAAAAUUCAACAAUAUAUGUAUGAUCUGUAUGUACUGCUAUUUACUAAGGAUUUCUUUAUUAAUAAUUUAUGAGAUAUAAGUGUAAGGAAGCCGUUUAGCUAUUAUUUGUUUGGGACAGACAAUUGAAGUUUCACAACUUGUGACAAAAAGGAUUCACCAAUUAUUAUAGAAUCUCCAAAUAAUUGGAAGUAAUUGUGAAAACUGUGCUAUAUUGUACAACAUGAAAACAUACUUCUUUACUAUGAUCUUUAUUCAUAUCAUGAACACCCCAGUGUCACGUUUUAAAAC